CCUCUUUCCCCUUCACAACUCAAGUUUUCCAAUACUUUUAUAGCUCUAUCGCCUUCUCAAAAAAAAAAAUAAAAAAUAAAAAAUAAAAAAUGAAGCCAUCACCUAAAAUCCUCGCCGUAUUUGGAGCUACUGGUCGGCAAGGAGGAUCUGUUGUCGACUAUGUCCUCAGCCAUCCAGAGCUAUCCAAGCAAUUCAAGAUCCGAGCUGUGACGCGCGUCCCUUCAAAGCCAGCUGCUCAAGCCUUGCAGGAGCGAGGAGUCGAGGUCGUUAAAGGAGAUCUGUUUGAUAAAGAGUCGAUCGAUGCUGCUCUCAGAGGGGCACAUACUGUCUUUGGGAUUAUCCCAACGAAUUUUGAUGAUAGCUUAUAUGUUGUAGAAGAUCUUCUAGGCAAGAUGUUAGCAGAUGCAGUCGUCGCCUCUGGCGCCCAGUAUUUUAUUUUCAGCACUUUAUGGCAUGCACAUGAUACCUCCAAUGGCAAACAUACUGACGCCCAUGCUUUCAACGCUAAAGGCGACAUUGAGAAAUACAUCCGCUCUCUCCCCAUCAAGAGCGCCUUUUUUGCGCCGAGCGUCUUUUAUCAAGACUUUUCCAACAUCUUCUUUGUUCCUAAACGCCAAGAUGAUGGAACCUUUGCGAUAUUCAGUGUGACCUCUCCUCAGAGUGUGUUUGAGUUUUUCGAUGUUAGAGACACAGGCAAAUUUGUGGGUGCUAUCCUUGCAGAGCCGGAGAAGUUUGAGGGCAAAACCUUGUGUGCAGCAGCAACACUGUGCUCUUUUGAAGAAGCAGCAGAGAUGAUCAGUAGAGCAACAGGCAAGACUGUCAAGUAUAAGCAGCUAUCUGUGGAUGAGUUUGAUCGUGUUAUGCCAACGACUCACAGCAGAACCACCGCUUACGGCAUGCUUUACUUGGAGGAAUUCGGCUUCUUUGGUCCAGAAGGAAAGGAGCUUAUUGAAUGGUCAACCAAAAAUAUACAUGACAAGUUAACCACGCUUGAAGAGUUCCUUCAAAAGGGCCCUCCCUAUCUGCAGUGAUCUAUCAAUAUGUGCAAUCAAAGCACUCAAGAUAAAGAAGUCGAGCCAAUGAUAUACUAUGUCCUUGAAAUGAAUCAUUGGUGUAUGCUCAAAGCAAGUUUAUGUAGCAAGAGUACGUCCUUUCUAAAUGAGUAAAACAUGCAUAAAUUCAAAUGGUUCAUCUUCCCAAGAUCAAAUGAAGGGGUUGUUUAAUACUCUUCUAUGGUUGC